AUGCGUAUUACAACGCUGGCCAAGCUGGCUUUCUCGGCAUCGACGGAUGACCUGAAGGGCCUCAUCAGAGAAGGCGAUGAGGCAGUGAGUGUUGGACAGUUGAGCUGCAUUAGACGUUUGGUCUUCGAGGCUCAGACCAUCGUGAUUGCACAGGUCAAGUCACUGGUUGAGAACAGGCCUGAGGGUUCGUUGCAACUUGCACCCGCCGAGCGGUCGGAGCGCAUCAAGAAGCAGGUGGAGCGGCUCAAAGGCGCUCACGCGAAGGGCCUAGCCAUGGACCUCAUGCAGUUGGCAACAUACGCCGUCGUGGAGGAGUAUAAUUCCAUGUUGCUGAACCAUUUGCAGAGCCACGCCAUUCCAGGCUACAACAAGGUGACGCUGCAGCAAGUUUUGAAGGCGGAUCAGCAAGCCUGGGUUCGUCUUGCGGAGACGCUGACGUCAGGUGUGAAACGCGCUGCUGACGGUUCUCUGCCCAUGGAUGCCGCCAUUCAAGCCUUGGCCAACGAUCCCAAGUUUACCUUUUAUUUGCUGCCGCUUCCGUUGGCGUCGCAGAAACGUUCGCUGGAAGAUGCGGCUGAGAGGAGCUGA